UGGGAGUUCUAUUUACACUCCAUUUGCAUUGCAUGUAUAUAUAUAUAUAUAUCUCAACAGAAACUCUUUGAUUUAAGAUGGAUGAAAGAAGAUGGGAAGACUUAAACAUAGACUGUAUGGCGAAUAUUUUGGGAAGAGUUGGUAUGGAGUCACUGCUUUUGGAUGUGCCUUUCGUAUGCAAGUCGUGGUACAGAGCAAGCCUCAAUCCUUCAUGCUGGGAACGUCUCUUGUUUCCAGACAUUAAAACUAGCUAUUUGUUAUUGGACUAUGAUUUUAAAGCUGAAAAUUGGGUUGAUGACCCCUUGCUACAAAGAUUUGUCCACCAAUAUCAAAUUGAUGAGAGUCAUUUCUCGACCACUGCGUUUAUUAAGUUCGUCAUCAAUCGUAGCAAAGGACAUGCUACUGUUCUCAGGCUACCUCCAUAUGCUUCAAAAACAGACUUGAAAUAUGUUUCAGAUGUGUGUGGUGACCUCAAGGAUGUUGAAUUGCCUGGCGAAUUAGUUGAUGACGAAUCAGGUGUAAUAACAGAGCUGAUUGGUAAGUGGAAACGUUUGGAGUGGUUGACGUUGGGAAGCAGCUAUGAUUUGGUAAAAAUCCUCUCACAGAUCAGCAUUCACUGCAAAGACUUUUGGGGCUUACGUGUGUCUAAUGCUGAUAUUGUUAAUGAUGAGGCUAAUGCAAUUGUCAACUUCCUGCCUAAGAUUAAGCAUUUGAUCUUGAGGGAUGCACAUAUUCAUCGGGAUGCUCUUAUGAAGUUACUGCAAGGUUGCACGGAGCUUCAGGUUCUGGAUGUCAGUGAUUGUAUUGGUUUUAGUGAGGAUGAUGGGGAAAUUUUAAAGCUUGCUUCUCAUAUUACUAAUUUCAGCUGCAAGGGCUCUAGCGAGUAUGAUGAUGAUUUCUAUGAGGAAGGCCCGAUUUCCGCACAUGAUUAUGGAUUUUAUUCUUCUGAUUAGGCGUUCCGGACUGAAUUUUCUUUGGAGAGUUUACUGUUGUUUACCUUGCGUUAGCCAUGAGGCACCCCAAUAGGAAUAUGAAAGAAGCCCUAUGUAUUACUAUGUAUUACUAGUACGUACUAUCUUCCUGUGAAGUAUAUGCUCCUGGAUAUAAUAAGUCCCUUU